AUGACGACCACUGGCGUAUGGUCGGCUGACAAAGCAGGCUUCGAGAUGAAACGCAAGUCCUCCUUCUCACUGCUUGAUGCUACAGCAGUGCGUCCAGCACCAAAUGUCGAGGGGCAAGAUGGCAACCGCAUGGAGAGGCUUCAACAACUCAUGGCAACUUACGAACCGAAUGACCCUGAAUCCAUCCAGAAAUCUUUUGCUCGGCACCUGGAGUACUCCCUGGCGUGUACAAGAUUCAAGUUCACCAUGCAGGAUGCUUACCGUGCCGCUGGCCUUGUUCUCCGUGAUCGCUUGUUGGAGUCCCUGAAUGACACCAACACCUACUACCGGGAACAGGACGUAAAAAGGGGGUACUACCUGUCAGCAGAGUAUUUGAUUGGCCGCCACAUGCAGAAUGCUAUCGCCAACCUGGACUUGGAACAGCAGUUUAAGGAAGCCUUUGAGGACUUGGGGAUGAAGCUUGAGGAGCUGUUCAGUGAGGAAGCAGAUCCCGCCUUGGGCAAUGGAGGGCUUGGCCGCUUGGCUGCCUGCUUCCUGGAUUCCAUGGCCACCCUGUCAUUGCCAUGUUGGGGGUAUGGCAUCCGCUACAGCUAUGGCAUGUUCAAGCAAGGCAUCAAGGAUGGGCGGCAAAUUGAAGAACCGGAUUUUUGGAUUGGUGAUGGCUGCCCUUUUGAGAUCCCCCGGCCAGAUGUGACGUACCCGGUGCGCUUCUAUGGCACGGUGCAAGACACCUACGAGAAUGGCAAGAAUGUUUCAAGGUGGGUCGGGGGCGAAAUUGUGCAAGCGAUGGCGUACGACAAUCCUAUUCCUGGCUUUGACACGUACAAUACCAACAACCUGCGACUGUGGCGAGCUUUGCCCAGCAAGGAGUUCGACCUGGACGCGUUCAGCAGUGCACAAUUCCAAGACGCUAUCACCCAACGUCGCAAAGCAGAAGACCUGUCUGCUGUGCUCUAUCCCAAUGACGCCACGUAUGCCGGAAAGGAGCUUCGCCUUCGACAGCAGUACUUCUUUGUAAGUGCAUCGCUCCAGGAUUUGCUGCGAGAGUUCAUCAAGCGACCAAAUUACAAGUGGGAAGAUCUCCCAGAAAAGGUUGCUGUCCAGAUGAACGACACCCAUCCCACCAUCGCAGUGGCGGAGAUGAUGCGACUUUUGGUUGAUGUGCAGAAGCUGGAGUGGGACAGAGCAUGGGAAUUGACAAGGAAGUGCCUGAACUACACGAACCACACCGUCAUGCCAGAGGCCCUGGAGAAAUGGCCCGUGGAGAUGUUUGAGCGCAUGCUGCCACGCCAUCUGCAGAUCAUUUACCAAAUCAACGGUAUUUGGAUUCAGAAGCUGCUCCAGAGGUACGGUGAUGGUCCAAUUAUUGCAGCUUUGAGCAUUGUGGAGGAGGGUGAUGUUAAGAAGAUUCGCAUGGGUCACCUUGCCAUCAUUGGUGCAAACAAGAUCAACGGAGUCGCUGCCAUCCACACUGAGAUCAUCAAGAAGGAGACCUUUCCCGAGUACUACAAGUGGUGCUGCGACAACGGGGAUCCCAACAAAAUUGUGAACAUGACCAAUGGUGUGACACCUCGCCGCUGGAUUCACUGUGCCAACCCAGCUUUGAGCGAAAUUUUUACAAAAUAUUUGGGCUCGCAAGAGUGGCUGACCGACAUGAACAAGCUUAAGGAAAUGCUGCAGUACAAAGAGGACCCCAAGCUGCAUGAGGAGUGGAUUGCAAUGAAGAAAGGUUGCAAGGCAAAGUUGGCUGAUUGGCUGAAAUCAACGAUGGACCUGGAAAUUGACCAAGAUGCCCUGAUUGACAUCCAGAUCAAGAGAAUUCACGAGUACAAGAGGCAGUUGAUGAACAUCCUGUUUGUGAUCCACCGCUACCUUGAGCUGAAAAAGAAGUCCCCAAGUGAGCGUGCUUCCUUCCAGAAACGUGUCGUCUUGAUUGGUGGCAAGGCUGCCUCGGCAUAUGUCAAUGCUAAGAUCAUCAUCAAACUCAUCAACAAUGUGGCCAAGGUGAUCAACAAUGAUCCGGACACAAAGCAGUACCUCAAGUGUGCCUUCGUGCCGAACUAUUGCGUGUCCGCGGCGCAGGUGAUGAUCCCCGCAUCAGACAUCUCAGAGCACAUUUCCACUGCUGGAACAGAAGCCUCAGGCACGUCCAAUAUGAAGUUUGUCAUGAAUGGUGGCUUAAUUGUGGGAACGAUGGAUGGUGCAAACAUUGAGAUCAGAGAGGAAUGUGGUCAUGACACAAUGUUCAUUUUUGGCUGCGAGGAGCACCAGGUGGCAGGAAUUUCUGCCAGGGCGCAGGAGGGCCACUACCCCAUCGACAAUCGCCUGCAGGCGGUCUUUGAUGCGAUCCGGAAUGGCAAGUUCGCCGGACAGGCAGAGCCUGAAGCACAGAGUGAGUUUGAGUCGAUCAUCAGCCGCCUGUGUAAUACCCGUGCGGCAGGAACUUGGGACGGAGACAGGUACUUGGUCAUCCAUGACUUCCCAUCUUUCAUCGAUGCCCAGGCCAAGGUGGACGAGACCUACAAGAACCGAUCGCUUUGGUGCAAACUGAGCAUCCAAGCAGCAUCCUCCAUGGCGCAGUUCUCUACAGAUCGUACUAUCAGCGAGUACGCAAAGGUGAUUUGGGGCGUCGUGCCAGCCAGGCGCCCGGUGGAUGAGGAAAUGGCUGCAAGGAAGAGUUCGAUCGGAAAGGACAAAGAGACCAUUGCGAAGGAAGCUGAGGAAAAUGCAACUGCAAAGGAAGCUGCCGCCAAGGAAGCUGCUGCGAAGGCAGCCGAGAAGGAGGCAGCUGCCAAGGAAGCUGCCAAAGAGGCCGCUGAGAAGGAUGCGGUUGCCAAGGAGGCUGCCAAGGAGGCCGCUGCAAAGGAUGCAGCCGCCAAGAAAGCUGCAAAAGAGGCAUCUGACAAAGAGGCUGCUGCCAAGGAAGCUUCAAGGGAUGCAACCACAAAGGAGGCAGCUGCCAAGAAAGCUGCCAAGGAUGCAGCAACUAAGCGAGCAGCAGCUGACAAGGAGGUCGGGCUGUGCGGGAUGCAGAGGCGGAUUCCUGCUUUGGAAUUAGGUCAGCUGCGCCUUUGGGGUGUCCAGGCGCAACAGAGGCUUCUCAAUGCCAAGGUGCAGAGCAUCACUCAUUUUGUGAAUCAGUGGGUAUUGAUUUGGGGCCUUGAAGGCAGCAACGUUGAGGCGUGCAAGAAUUUGGUCCUGGCAGGCUUCAACUACUUCUUGAGGCCAGAGGAUAUAGGCAAGAAUCGGUCCGAAUGUGCUUCGAAACGAGUACAAGAGAUGAAUCCGCUUGGUAGCGUCUCCUCCAGCAGCGAAGGGCCAGCAAAGAAUCCAGAGAAGCUGAAGGACUGCAAACGGCAAUGCAGCAAGCGCUGUCUUUUUCCUUCGCAGGAACGCAGUGCUCAAGGCAGCACAGAUGUAGGCCAAACGGGGCAGAAUCCAGAAACCUUUAGCUUCCCUUCCUUCAGCGACUGGCUGGCUGCAGUGCCUGCAUUGCUGACAGGGAAAAGCGAUGAUUCCUUCAAACUAUUUGGCCUUUUCGCCUCUUUCCUUCGGGGCAAAGCUGAGAGAGCUGUUCCAAGUGCUGCAGCUGAUUUCGAAGCGCAUUGUCAGGAGGUUAAAUGCCAGCCAAAAGUUGAUGGGUUGCAGACAAUGCAGCAGGCGUUCGGCCAUUUCUUUGUGGAGCCAUUGGUCCAUGUGGCCUCUGUGCUUGGUGGUCUUUUAUCCCAGGAGGUGAUCAAGGCUAUCACCCGAAAAGAUCCACCACUAGUCAACAGCGUGUGUUUCAACGCGCACACUGGAGCAGCGCUGGUGGAGCAUUGCCCCGCCAAGCCUGCAGCUCCAGUAAAGCGAAAGGCGGAGGAGAUGCGGGCAGAUGAACGCUACAUGCCCUCGCGAGGUUUGUUCGCACAGACGCUGCGCGCAGACAGGCAUUUCCUACAAGCGGACGAUGAGAUCCGUGUGAGUAGAGUCAGAGGUCCAGCAGAGGUGCGGGCAGCUCGAGAGCGUGGGGAGCCUGAGAGGUUGAUGUCGGCGGCAUAUUGUCAGCAGUUGGAGACGAGAGAGGAAUGUUUCUGUUCGGCUCUGGGCCUGGACCUGAGAAUCUGCACAGAACUCACCAGUGUGAGAGUGCCGGUGCAGCGUGACUUGGCCCAGCAGAUCGCAGAGAAAGAUGAAGAGAUCGAGGAGCUCAAGGCCAAGAUUGCGGCACUCCGUGAUGCAUUGGAGAAAGAGCCACACUUUGAGAACUUUGAGAUGGCCAUGGACGAGAAGAACAAGGUUCUGGAAGAGCAGUUUGCCCGUGUGGAGGAGCUCCAAAGAGAGAACGGCUUGCUGAAAGAGCGUUUGGAGCACAGUGCGCCGGAAAGUGCUCCAGGGAAGGUUGGGCAACCAGAGCAGAGCGGGUCUCCUGCACAGGCACAAGCUGAGUCUGCCCCGGAGACGGCGGCCUUGCAGGACCAGCUGGUGCUGGCAAUGCAGGAGAUUGAACAGCUACGGGCAUCUUCCAAUGUGGAGGAUGCCAACAAAGUGCGCACGGAAAACAUGGAGUUACGCGCUCGCUUGGCACAUGCCAUCUGCUGCACCACUGAGGCUCAGAAAGCUGUGGCUGCACAAAGCGGGCAUCCUACCGAGAGCGUUGAGGAGUUUCACCUCCUCAUUGAGAACAAUGACUUGCCUGUUGGUGCCAUGUUCAGGCCGCGUGAAAGUCGUGAACUUGGCCGUGGCUGGCAGGUGCUGCGGGUGCGUGAAAACACCUGGGCUGAACAGCAAGGUGUGCAGCCAGGGGACGAGCUCCAUUAUAUUGAGGGGCAUCCGAUCGAAGUGCUUCCGGAGGCCGAAGUGAUGGAGCUCUUGCAGCAGCGGCCAGUGAGGUUGACUUGGUAUCGGCGUAAGGCACAUCCAGCCAUUUUGCAGUCGGAGGAGCCGGAAGCAGAAACUGCAGUGCCACUUGCCAAGGUUGAUUCUGAAGUGGAUGAGCUGAAGGCACAGAACCGCGCUUUGGAGGAGCAGCUUUCAAGAUUGUCCAUUGAAUUGGGAAAGGAACAGUUCAACGCAGGCAGCAAAGACCCUCAAGAGAUUUUGCAGUUGCAGGCGCAGCUGUCAGCUGCUGUCUCUCGCGUGGCAGAGUUGGAAGCUGAAGCUGCACAAGAUGAACCUUUGGCACCAGAGGAGCAGCCCAACGGAAGCAAAGACAUGGAAGAGAUUACGCAAUUGCAAGCACAGCUGGCAGCUAGUCGUGCUCGUGUGGCGGAACUGGAAGCGCAGGAGCGUGCGCCCGCAGGGAGCAAAGAGUCGGAGAUUGUGCAGUUGCAGGCUCAGCUGUCAGCCGCUGUCGCUCGCGUGGCAGAGUUGGAAGCUGAAGAUGAACCUUUGGCCCCAGAGGAGCACCUUGCAGCACCAGAUGGAAGCUGGGAAGAGGAGAAAAAGGACUUGGAGCAGCAGCUGGAAGCUCGACGAGGUCACAUUGAUCAAUUGGAGACUGAAGUGGAGCAGUUAAAGCUGCAGACGAAGGAGGAGAAGAAGGACCUGGAGCAGCAGCUAGAAUCUCGACGAGGUCGCAUUGAUCAAUUGGAGACUGAAGUGGAGCAUUUAGAGCUGCAGAUGAAGGAGCAUAAGGCCUCAGAGAGCAAAGAGUCCGAGGAGAUUGUGCAGUUGCAGGCGCAGCUGUCAGCUGCUCACACUCGCGUGGCCGAGUUGGAAGCACAAGCUGCACAAGACCAAUCAUUGGUUGUGGAGGAGCAGCCCAGCGGGAGCAAAGAGUUGGAGGAGAUCCUGUGUUUGCAGGCGCAGCUGUCAGUGGCAAACGCUCGUGUGGCCGAGUUGGAAGCGCAAGCUGCCCAAGAUGGCCGGGAGGAGCAACCCAAUGUGAGCAAAGAAAGGGAAGAGAAUACGCAAUUGCAGGCACAACUGGCAGCUGCUCAUGCUCGUGGGGCAGAACUGGAAGCGCAGGCUGCUCAAGAUGAACCUUUGGGUUCCGAGGAGGGGUCGCCCCGUGCAACCAGCGAGGAGUUGGAGGAAAUCAUACUGCAAUUGCAAGCACAACUGUCAGCCGCUCAUACACGGGUCGAGCAGCUGGAAGCGCAAGCUACCCAAGAUGAACCUUUGCCUUCCCAGGAGCGGUCCAAAACGGCAAGCGAAGAUUCGGAGGACCUUAUGCAAUUGCAGACUAAGCUGUCAGCUGCUCAUGCUCGCGUGGCCGAGUAUUCGGAGGACUUUAUGCAAUUGCAGGCAAAGCUGUCAGCUGCUCACACUCGUGUGGCCGAGUUGGAAGCACAAGCUGCCCAAGACAAGCCUGUGGUGCUUGAGGCUCGUAUUGUGGAGCUGGAGCACGAGCUGCACGAGCUUCGUUCUCGGACAGAUGCUCAGGCUUCUCAGGAGGUAAAGCCUUUUGCUCUUGACCUUGACGAGCCUAAAGGGAAGGAUGGAGGCGAUGACGGCUGGGAUGAUUUCAACUUCGGUGAUGUGCAGCCACCAGUGAAGCCUUCUGCUCUUGACCUUGACGAGCCUAAAGGGAAGGACGGAGGCGAUGACGGCUGGGAUGAUUUCAACUUCGGUGACGUGCAGCCAUCAGUGAAGCCUUCUGCUCUUGACCUUGACGAGCCUAAAGGGAAGGACGGAGGCGAUGACGGCUGGGAUGAUUUCAACUUCGGUGAUGUGCAGCCAUCAGAGCGCAAGGUCUCAGAGAGCAAAGGGUCUGAGGAGAUUAUGCAGUUGCAGGCGAAGCUGUCAGCUGCUCACACUCGCGUGGCCGAGUUGGAAGCGCAAGCUGCACAAGACCAAUCUUUGGCACCGAAG